AUAAAGUGGGAUAGAAAAGAACGAAUCUGCCGCUGAGAAAAAAGCGUUGGGGUUUCAAAAAACAACUUUAUUGACAAAAACAGAGCUAACGCUGCAAUGUCCUUCAGUGCAGCCCUAUGUCGAUGGUGCAGCCUAGCGGUGAAGUUAGAUUCGCUGUUUGGAGUCUUGGUAAAAACAGCUUAUAAAGAGAAGUUACACAGCUGUGGACCAUGGCGGCAAGGAUUUUGCCUUUACUCAAACUGGCCACCAAGGUGACCAUUGCAGGAGGCGCUGUUUACGUCGCCUGUGACUCGGGUCUGCUGGGAACCAGCGAACAGGGCUCAGAGGCUCUGGAGAAGGCCAGAGCUGCUAUACCACCCGCCAUCGAGGAAUGGAUGAAGUAUUUUGGUCUGGAGGCUCAAGUUCCAGCCAUACCUAAAAUUGAAAUUUCCCCUGUUGAAGCAUGGAAUUCUGGGGUGCGGUGGACAAUUUCAAGCCUCUCAGAGGCUCCAACUAAAGCAUCUGAAUACGCAAGUCAGGGAGUGCAGUACGCAAAAGACCUCAUCAAAUGAACAAGAACUUUCUGAGUAACCUCAUUUAUCUAUUCACUUGACUUUUGCACUUGUAAAUCCUUAAGUCGUCCCCUUUCCUGAACAAAACAGCUUAUUUAAAUUCAGCUGCAAAAGAGAUCUCAGCUGUUUUGUUGAGAGUUGUUGGAAGGAUACUGUACAUAAAGCAGAACUUUGGUUUAUUUCAGUUGUCCAGUAGAGUUGGAUACCACCCAGAUGUCAAACUGUCCAAAAUAAUGUAAAAAAAGUUCAUUUCUGCUGUGUGUGUGUAUGUAUGUAUGCGUGCAAUCUCACUAUUUGCAAUAAAAUCAUUCUGAAAACA